GACGAUCAGCGAAGCCUUCCAGAUCCGAUUCCGUCGCGCACGCGCCAUGAGCCUGCUCGACCACCUCUGGGACGACACCGUCGCCGGACCGACGCCGGAGAGCGGCCUCGGGAAGCUCCGGAAGCACAGCUCCUUCAGCUCCCGAUCGAACUCCGGCAAGGAGUCGGCGGCUGCGACUGCGAGGUCCUACGGCGGCGGCGACGAGGCGCCCAGUGAAGCGACGAGGAAGGUGACGCGGAGCAUCACGAUAGCGAGGCCGCCCGGAUACCAGUCCGGCUCGCCGCCGGCUUCCCCGGCCGGAUCGGUCACUCCCGGAUCUCCCUUCUCAGGAAGCAGAGAGCCCUUUCGGUUCCGGAGAAGAUCUGCGCAGGACGCGUAUGAGAAGACAGGCGAAGCUGGACCAAAAGGCUCCCCUCCUGUUUAAGUCCAGCGACAUAUGAGGAUCUUUGUCCUCGGGGCGACACGACCGAGAUCCUAACUUUGCCGAGCUCCUGUAAUGUGUUAGGAGGACGUCCCUUUUAAGGCGCGGAAGCUUUGGGAUCGCGCGUCGACUAUAGAACUAGCCUAGGUCGCGAGUGCCGGUACUAGACUUAGAACGUUGGCUGUUGUAAGCCAUAGUCAAAGAGUGUGGUUUGUGCUUUGUGCUUUGUGAAUGUAGUCUCCAGUCUUGGUUGCUCCUUGUAAUCUCUAUCACCUUUAAUAAGAGCUUCUAUAUUUCCCUUUU